UAUCGCUCUGAAAAUCCACGCUUUUCAUAUAAAAUAUUUUCAAAUGGUACCUACCCUACCCCCCUCAGUAGUCGAAAGGGGCGGUUACCAAGUCUUGUGUUGACUUGGAAAAGAAAGGAAAAAAAGUCGAAUUGAAAAAAUUGAAGUUUUUCUGUAAAGAGGGAGAUGUCGUCUCGAGUUUUAAGGAAAUUACAGGGAGAUGAACAGCUUGAUAUUCAACUUGACGAUGAGGAUGAAGAUGAGAUCAACCUUGUGCAAUCGCAAAGAAAAAAGAAGAAAAACAAGGGGGUGAUUAAUCCAUUUGAUUUGUUGAAUGAAGGUAACGAUGUGUCAAGUGAUGAACCUGAAGAAAAUGAAGAAUCACAAACCACUGAGGAAAAACAAGAACCUGAAGAGAAAGAGAGAUUGGAAAAUGAUACAGUAUCUCCUGCGUCAAGCCAGAAGAAGAAGAAAAAGAAGAAACGGAAGGGAAAAGGGAAUAAGGGUGAACAAGAACAGAGAAAUGCAAACAAGGAUGAAGAGGAUAUUGAUGCAACAAUCCGUGAAGUCAAUGAUAUGCUCGGAAUAACACAAACUCUUACAGUUACAGAUAAUGCAGCAACGACAGAGUCAACAUCUUCAGUGCUGGACACCAAGGGUCUAUUAGGAGUCGAAAAUAGGAAUCUAAAUGCAGAAAAUGAAAUGAAAAAAAGGUUUGGGUCGAACAUCGUAAGAAACGAGAGCAGACAGAAGAGAGCGCAUAGAAGAGUUUAUCAGCGUAGUUCUUUACUGGUAACCCCAAAAGAAACAUGGCCGAACAUGUCCAAAUCAGGUCUCAGUAUGUCACUAGUGGAAUCCAAGAAUGGGUUCAAUUACUUUGUCUUUGAACACUCUCAAGCCUACCAAAAGAUCCAGUUUCUAUUUCUAGAUGCAGUAGAAUCGCUUGAUCCUAAUAACAUAUCAGCUAUUCUACAUUCGCAUCCAUUCCACAUUGACUCGUUACUGCAGCUCAGCGAAAUCUGCAAGAUGGGAGAGGAUUACCAGAUGGCAGCAGACUUGGUCGAAAGAGCUUUGUACUGUUUUGAAUGCAGUUUUCACACGUUAUUUAGCCUUUCACAAGGCACGAGUCGCCUGGACUACUCCAGAGCAGAGAACAGGCCUUUCUUCAUCGCUCUUUUUCGACAAUUGAUAUUCGUUGGCCAAAAAGGUUGUCAUCGAACUGCACUCGAAUUAUGUAAACUUCUUCUCAGUCUGGACCCUGAGAACGAUCCUCUGUGUACUCUUCUCAUGAUUGACUUCUAUGCUGUGACGUCAGACCAGUAUUCGUACCUAGUGCGCAUGUACGACGAAUGGGAGAGUCACAGAAAUUUAUCUCAACUGCCGAACUUUGCUUUGUCGGUGCCACUUGCUUUGUUUCAUCUGAGCAAAGACAAAGACGAUACAAGGAGAGCAGAUGAAAUGCUCCAAAACUCUCUCAUCAUGUUUCCAUCAGUUUUGGUGCCAUUGAUGGAUAAGUGUGGUGUGUCGUUAGAUCCUUCCAUAGCAAGCCACAAAUUCUAUUUCGUGGAUGCAAAGACAAGCGAGUCUAUUGCCUUACAUCAACUGGUAAUGCUUUAUGUAGGCAGAACACAUCACGUGUGGAAGGAUCCUCAGGUUAUUGAUUGGCUGGUUGGGAAUGCCAGGAAGGUGUUACAAAGAGUAGACACUAAAGAUCCUUAUGUUCAAGACUGCGCGCGAAAGCGUGCAAUAAGAUACCGUGGAACACCGAGGUCAAUCUAUAGACACAUCAUCAUGUCAGACAUCAAGGAUGCAACUGCUUCUCUACCGAUGGAUUUACAAGAUGUUCCAUUGAUGUCCUACGAUCCCCUCCCCCCUGCGGAUUCUGUGUCUUCCUACUCCAGGCCUCAGAGGCCCACCAGACGUACUGAGGAACACAGCCCGUUGUCACUCUUCUUCCGCUCACUUCUUCCGUCGUACAAUGCACAGGCCCCUAACGACCCCGAAUAUUUUCGGCCAGGAGACAGACAGGUAGCCCAGGAAGUAGAAGGCGCUGAAGGAGGACCCAGGCCUUUACGAGGAGGAUCAGACAUUGGGCAAAGUGUUGAGACCCUAAUGACCGCUAUGAGAGUAUUAUUAACAAGUAUCAGCUUCCGAGGGGAGCCUGGAGAAGAGGAGAAUGGCGAAGAAGAGCAGGACUGGAACGAUAAUGAAGGAAAUAGACCACAAUAGAAUGUCACUCGUGUCUUACUGCGCAUGCGUGAAGCUGCUUUGGAAAAACUUAAAUGAAAUUUACAUUCAAGAAUAAUCGUUUUCUACGAUAAAUUGGUUUUGAUUGACUAAAUUAAUGUUCUAGUUUUGGAUGCUAUUAAAUAUUUUUACAUUA